AUGUCCACAAUCAUUGGCAAGCGUAAGCGUGUAAGGAAGGCAUGCUUACCUUGCCACCAGCGCAAGCGAAAAUGCAAUGGGGAGUACCCUUGCGGCACGUGCACCACCUACGAAUAUAACUGCAGGUACGCCGACGACGACGCCACCAGCAGCACUGCGGGUGAAAGCGAGCACGCUCCACUCCUGGCCAAGCGCAUCAUUCAUGACAGCGGGAGUACUAUGACGAUCGGUGUCACCGCCGGAUCGCGCAGCCCGGACAGCCAAUGUUCAUCGUCAAAGAGUCCUGCCGUCGGGGCCGGCAUCUUCGACGAGCAGAAGUCCAGAUACACUGGAGCAUCGGCAGCCAUGGCCUUCCCGCACAUCCUGGGUGUGGCUCUUGGCUCCGACAGCCCUCCCAAGAUCAACUCGUUCGCGUACAACUUUGGGAUCCGCCCUGAAGAGGCUUCCAACGCGUAUGGCUUCCUAGGGAAACUAAUUUCGGAGGACAACCUCGCCUUCUACUCAAAUGUGUACUUCUCUGCAAUGGGCCCUAUCGGUGACUAUAUGGACCCAAGAAUUUACGCCCAACGAUGUCGCGAUUAUUAUCAUGGCUCCGGCAGCAACGCGGUCGCCUUUAGCGCCGUAGCUGCUGGCGUCGCUGCUUUCGGGUCGUUCCUCUCCACAGCCAGAUACCCGCGGGAGUCUGAUCUACUGCAGUACGCUAAAGCUAUUCUCGAUGAUCCUGGAUCUAUACGCAUGCUAAGCAUCGACCAUAUCGUCGCAUGGAGCAUGCGGUUAUUUUAUCUGCGGGCCACAACCCGCCCUAGUAAUGCUUGGGUCGCGUCGUGCACUCUUAUGCACCUUUGCGAAGUGGUCGGGUUACACAAAGAAGAGAAUAUUAAAAGGAUGGCGUCUGUCGCCGGCGCUGCUGCUGUUGGGCAUGAUGCGGAUCGGCUAAGGCGAAUUUUCUGGAUCUCGUGGGCCGGGCAUCAUAUGCUGUCGUAUGAGUACGAUCGGUCGGCUGUAACGUUUGGGGCCGUGACUUGUCAGGCCAUCAUCCCGAUACUGGGGUCCGUUGCCGACCAGUUCGUGCAAAUAGUCCAGAUCAUCCCGUCGCCUAACUCGCCGUUCCAGCUCGAAUGUCAGCCUCUAACACCGAGGGAGGAGCUGUUUCAGCGUCUCACGGCAUUGAGUAAACUCCGUUUCACUCAUCCGUUCCUAGUGGUGACGAAGGCGGACCUUGCGUUUUGUUUCUAUCGACGCAUUUAUCAGCUCAAGACAGGCAUAACGGACGAGAUAAUUCAACUCGUCAUUGAUAGCGGGAACGACGCAGUGAGAGCGGCUGAGCAGCUAGCCAACCAGGGCCGUCUAUUGUGGAACGUCAUAGGCAGCGUCUCCCAGUAUGUCUGUGUCUUGUUGGCCAUCGACACACCGGCCUCCUCCGCUCACAUCCCUGCUGCCUUUAAGGGAUUGGAAAAUCUUGUCAGGGCAAUGGACACAGGAUUGACCCGUCAGGCAUUGUCAAUAGCACGGCAUCUUCUCAGCCUCAAUAUAGCAAAGAAGCGAAAGGAGCUUAUGCAGCUGGAAGCCGUGGAGUCGGGCUACGAACCCUUCCAGGGGCAGCCGGAACCCGAGGCCAACGCCGCUUUUCCGGACAUUGGCUGGGGUACGGACUGGGAUCAGCUUCUCAUCGAGCCAUAUCUAUCGAUUUUCGGUCCCGACAUCCAGCUGUAG